UCUUUCCAGGACUCACUGGCUUUGCGUGAACUACUGCCCUUGUGACUGCAUGCCAUCCAGGGCUCUGACCAUGGGAAUCAUCUUUGUCUCUCAGACAGGAGUCGGAUUCCUAGGAAACAUCCUGCUCCUUCUCUGCUAUCGCUUCCUUUCCUGCACUGGACGAGGGAUAACGCACAUGGAUUUGAUUCUCCAUAACCUAAUUGUAGCCAACUGCUUGGUUCUUCUCUCAAAAGGCAUUCCUCAGACCAUGGCAGCUUUUGGGCUGAAAUAUCUCAUGGACGAUUUUGGAUGCAAACUAGUUUUCUAUGUUCACAGAGUGGCCAGAGGGGCGUCUCUGAGUGCUACUUCUCUCUUGAGUGGCUUCCAGGCCAUCACAAUCAGCCUUAGCAGCCCCCAGUGGAUGGAGCUCAAGGUCAAAGCCCUCAAAUCUGUUCGACUUUCCAUUCUGCUCUGCUGGACCCUUCACCUGUUGGUGAAUAGUAUUGUUCCUAUGUAUAUUACAGCGAUGGGGGAAAGCAACAAUCUCACAGAGAAAAAGGAUUUAGGGUUCUGUUCUGGCAUAAUUAUUGACAGAAGUAUAUCCUUAUGGUAUUCCAUGAUGUUUUCCUUCACUGACGUGUUGUAUUUGGUGUUAAUGAUUUGGGCCAGUGGCUGCAUGUUGAUCAUUUCGUACAGACAUAAGCAGAAGGUCCUACACAUUCACAGCAAAAACCUCUCUCCCAAAUGCUCCCCGGAGACAAGAGCCACCCACAGCAUCCUGAUGCUAGUGAGCACAUUUUUCUAUUUUUAUGCACUGUCUUCCUUCUUUACUUUCUAUAUGUCCCUCUUUGAUAAACCCAGUUGGUGGCUGGUGAACACCACUGCCGUUAUAGCUUCAUCUUUCUCUUGUGUUAGCCCCUUUGUACUCAUCAGCAGAGACCCCCGUGUCUCUAGGCUGUGGUAUACCUGUGGCACAAAGCUCAAUGAGUUUUGUAAAUGGGUCAUAGCAUGAAAAUCCAGAAUGCUGCAUACUGACCAUGUAUCAGUUCACCCUGCCAUAUUUUAUAUAGCAUUUACUUGGCUAAAACAAUUUGUGGAUAGGAUCAAAACCAGAUAGACUGAGCGUGAUCACAAAAUUAUUUCAUUUAGCAAAUAGCCAGACAUGGAACAAGGAGGGGCUUCUCAUUUCUGCUUUGCCUACAUCAAAUAAGGGUGUUUUUCUUCAGUCUUUGUCCUCCUGUGUCCUUAGCUCCUUACAAAUGCUACUAAUCUUCCCUUUAGCAGUUCACUUUUUUUGAAAUCUUCAUUUGAGUUAUUGUGAUAGUAAAGUCUACUCUCAGUUUUACUUCUUCGAUUAAAUACCAAAAGUGUACUCCUAAAGAUAUAAGACUCCUUCUUUCACUCUGACUCUUUGGGGGCUAUAAAAAGACAGUGAAUGUAUUUUUGAUAUGGUUUUCCUUCCCAGGUUCAUUGGAGGAAUUCUAAGUGAUUUGAGAUUGAAGAAGUCGCUAUCAUUGAUUCUAUAAGCAUGUUAAGUUGUAUACCCUUAGAUUUAUUCUGAACACAAUUCCACAAGUCGAGCUAGAACAGGAAUUCUGCAGGCAAAGUAUAGUGGAAGAAUAUUGCCUUCAUUCCUCAAAGGAAAGUUAUGUCUAAGCCAAUUGGAAAAACCCAGAGGAAAAAUAAGGGAAAAUAUCCCUAGGACUGCAUUCUGAUGACAUUUUUGUGAGCAGGGUCUUUCUAACUGAGAUCGUGGACAACAGAAUUGUGAUAUAACUGAAUGGCAGAUUACUCUGGACAAAUCAGAGUAAAUUGUGUGCAUCACAAUGUUGAAACUUUUUUAGAAGAUCUCAGGCAAAGAUGUUAAUUUUGAUAUUAGAAUGUCCAUGUGAAACAAAAUUGGCUAAAUAAAAUCUCAUAUUUUUUACAAAAUGCUGACACCAUUGAAAGCUAUUUUUAGGAACCAGUUAAUUUACCCAGAAAUAGAGGAGGCAGAAGUAACUAGAGGAAGGUACAUUUGCCUUUUUUUUUAAGAUUCAUUUAUUUGAAUGUCAUUACAGAAUGAACAUCCAUCUGCUGGUUGACAUCCCAAAUGACCCCAACAGUCAGGGCUGGACCAGGCUGAGGCAAGGAGCUUCUUCCUGGUCUCCCAUAUGGGUGUCAGGGACCCAAACACUUGGGUCAUCUUCUGACACUUUCCCCAGGCCAUUAGCAUAGAAUUGGAUCAGAAGUGAAGCAGCCAGGACUGAACCAGUGCCCACAUAGGAUGCUACAGCUGCAGGCACUGGCUUUACCUGCUACUCCACACUCUGGUCCCAGCAUGUCUGCAAUACAUGAAUAAAGACCAGGUGAAGAUUACAGAGAGGAGGCAAGAUGGCAGAAUAGGAAGGGAGCACACUGAUAGUCCGGGGAGAGAUAGUUUAAUAAAAGUGGAGAUACUGCAGGUUCAAGGAAGAGUAGGAGAGGAAACAGCAGAAGAAACUCUUCUGGAAUGCGUGAUUCACAGCGGAUCUGCGUGCAGAGCGUGGGAGCCCACAGUUCGGGACACCAGCAGCAGACUCAACACACCAGCGCUGGAACGCGAGGUGAGCCGAACCUCAAUAGCCUGAGACACCGGCAGGCAAGCGGAGAGAGGAGACUAGAGGGAAUGACCCCCGGUGGGGGGGAAAAGUUCACCAGGCUAACUGGAAGAGAGAGAGAGAGAGAAAAAAAAAGGUGACUGGUAUGGACACGGGUUUCUCUCUCUCCGCUCACCUCUCAAGGGCGAGCAAGACAAAGAGCAGGCGCCAUCUUGGACAUACGUCAUAAGCAGAGCGACCUCAGGUCUGCACCGGCUCUGAGCCUAGCAGAAAAACCUGACUCUGGGCGGGGCGAAUUAACAGGAGAUUAGGACCUAGUAAAUUUGUGGUGCUA